AUGGCAGGGUACGAUGCCUCUGCGCUGGCAAUAGGUAUCAAUGUGGAUAUUGAAAGGACAGAUGGCCGAAUUCACUCUGCCAUUAUUAGUGGGGUGAAUCAGGAGCGCAAAGCAGUGACCGUUGAGUGGUAUGAACGCGGAGAGGCGAAGGGAAAAGAGAUCGACAUGUCUGCCAUAUUUAGACUGAAUCCCUCACUUCGAUCCUACGAUCCGGCUGUGGAUACCACUACGGCGUUAAAGGAGCGACCCGCCAAUGAGACCAUCAUGACUAAUCAGCCGCCUCCGCAGCGUAAGGUCACGCAGAGCUCCACCCCUAGCGGACUCACCACCGCCGCCGCAGCAACAACAUCAGCCAAUCAGAGUGGAGCGGGAGCUCGGCAGUACCGUGCAUCCCGCCUGCCCGCCCCGUCGACGCGCAUAACGAGGGCACGUGCCAACGCCACCUCCAGCACCCUCUUGAACCUUCCCGAGGAUGUAACUCCCCAACCGACACGAAACGGCGACUCUGACACUACCCAGCACUCCAUUGCCACUGAUAUCUCCCUCUCACAGCACUCCUCGUCCUCGCAGCGCGUCAAUGAGGCCAUGGAUACAGACGCCGACAUCGUCACCAGUACCACGGCCAGUCGACUCACCGACUUUGAUCAAUUCGACGAGCGUGCCUGUGACGAUCUGACGUUGCGUGAAGAGGUUGAUUAUGACGGAGAUGAUGGGGCUUGUGGCAGUGCUGGAGGCCAGGAUGAUCGCCAGGAUUGGGAGGACCCCCAUCAGACCAACAUCCGUAAUUAUCCGGAGUCAAGGGAUAUGCUCGGGCCCAUGCCUAACACCAAGCAAGACUUGGCCCGACGCAGUGGUGCGCGAGGUGCCUUGGCAAGCAGCCAGUCGGGGCCAUCGAACACUCCAUUGGCGACUAGUGGCAUUAGCUCUCGCAAGUCAAACGUGGUGAAGGAGAUCGAACGAAUUCAGCAGCGUCGGGAGGAGCGUAGGGCUGCUCAGCGGGCCGCCCGAGAGCAGCCUGACGUCGAUCCAAACAGUCCGAGCUACGAGUUUCUUAUGAUGAUCAGGGAGUAUCAGGAGACCCUGGACUACCGACCGCUCACCAUAACCGAUGAGAUUGAAUGCCACCAGAUUUGCGUGUGUGUUCGCAAGCGUCCCAUGAACAAGAAGGAGCUUGGCCGCAAGGAGAUUGAUGUCAUUACCAUACCGAACAAGCAGCAGAUUCUUGUACAUGAACCCAAAACCAAAGUUGACCUGACCAAGUACUUGGAGAACCAAUCCUUCCGAUUUGACUAUGCAUUUGACGAGAAUGCUGACAACGCACUGGUCUACAGAUACACAGCGCAGCCACUGGUGCAGAGCAUAUUUGAGCGUGGAAUGGCAACGUGUUUCGCUUACGGGCAGACAGGAUCGGGCAAAACGCACACGAUGGGUGGGGAAUUCCAUGGGAGGGGCUUGCAAGACUGCUCCAAUGGCAUCUAUGCGCUUGCCGCUCGAGAUGUUUUCCACCUGAAUGCAACAAAGUACUGCCACGAGGAUCUAUGUGUGGAUGCGGCCUUCUUUGAAAUAUACAGUGGGAAGGUCUAUGAUCUCCUGAACAAGAAGGCUAAGCUGCGCGUGUUGGAGGACGCAAAGAACCAGGUCCAGGUGGUGGGCCUGCGACAUGAGCCUGUCCACUCGGUGGAAGAUGUCCUUCGUCUCCUCAAACACGGAGCCGAUAUAAGGACUAGCGGCCAGACCUCGGCUAACCAGCAUUCCAGUCGGUCGCACGCUGUGUUCCAGUUGAUCCUCAAACGACGGGGCACGAAUAAGCUCUUCGGCAAGUUCUCCCUCAUCGAUUUGGCGGGCAAUGAGAGGGGCGCUGACACCAGCUCCUCUGAUAGGAUCACACGGAUGGAGGGCGCUGAAAUUAACAAGAGCCUUCUCGCUCUUAAGGAGUGUAUUCGGGCGCUGGGUCGGAAGGGCGCGCAUACACCCUUCCGGGCGAGCAAGUUGACCCAGGUGCUACGCGACUCCUUCAUCGGAGACCGCUCGCGCACCUGCAUGAUAGCCAUGAUCUCACCCGGCAUCGCCUCCUGCGAACACACUCUCAACACCCUCCGCUAUGCUGAUCGUGUAAAGGAACUGGGUCCGGCGAAUACUAACGGUUUAAGUCGCAACACUGCAUCGCUUGCCUCCAUUCCACGUGGCACUGCUGGUGGCAUGCCGAUGGGUGACGGAAGUUAUGCGGGCAUGCCCUCAUCUCGCGGUCUCCUGGCCAACCGCGUAGGUGGGCGCGGUGGGCUAGACUCCGGUAGUCUACUCUACUCUUCCUAUAACGGUGGCUCCCUCCGGGCUUCUGACGAUCGUUUCAGUGCCGGUGGUGGUGGCAGCGGUGCCAUGGAAGAUGGCGACAAUGCGGAUGAUGAUGAUGAUCUCGCCAUGCUCAGAUCGGCCAAUGAUGGCGAAGUUUCCGAGGAACUGUUCAACUUCCACGAAGUGGUUCGCCACAUUGAACAACUAGAGGAAGAGGUCUGUGAUGACCACGUUGCUCUGUGCAAUAAUUUAAGCAAAUGGUCUAAUGAGCAUCAUCGACUGCAAAAGGAGACGAUGAAAGUUCCCUACGAUGUUGAAGCCUACGCAUCCCGUCUGGAGCAGCUACUGCUAACACAAACAAAUGCUCUGCUGGCCCUCAAGGACAAGGUGUCGACAUGGCGACGCGAGAUGCGACAAGAGGAGGAGAUUAGCAGUAAGCUGCAGAAGGGUCGGCGGAUGUAG